AUGUCACAGGCACAGUGCCGAAAAAAAUAACAAAACAAGAUGGCGGCGAAAUGCGAUCAAGAUUAACCAAAACUAAUCAGGACAUCGGGGGUGAUAUAUAACGCGAAAAGUACUGCAGUGAAGUAGUGUUACGUUUCUUAACACAGAAAAGUUGAAGAGAUUUUGUUUCAGCCACUUCCACCUUUCUUCAUAAUGGAUUCCUACAGUUGUUUGUUCCAUACAGAGUGAGCACGGAGUCAUUGCUACCAUGGAGAAGAAACGCAGAAAGAAAUGAAAGCCCUAAAACCUGGCUUGAUGGCCUCUGAAAUGUGGACUUCUGUAAACCACUGAAACAGCUUUAUUGGUAACCUGACUAGACAGGCAAACCCUCUGAGGAAAAAUCUGAUGCAAAGUUUGCCUGCAGCAGCACAGCCUGUGACUUAAUGUUAUAGCAUUUAAAUCAUAUUUUAUGAACAUGAAGUUUGCAAACUUCUGGUUGCAUAUUGUUGUGAUUUUAUUAUGUGGGAAGAAGCACCAGAGCACCAAACUGGGAAAUUCCUCUCAACAAAUGGAGUCCUGCGAUGGCUGCUCACAUCUAACUCUGAGCAUGGAAUUCUCCUCAUCCGUGGUGGAACACGAGUACAUUGUUGCUUUCAAUGGAUAUUAUACAGCCAAGGCUCGCAGUAAGUUUAUCUCCAGUGCACUAAAGAGCCAAGGUAUAGAGGACUGGAAGAUCGUGCCCAGGAAUAAUCCAGCUAGUGAUUUCCCCAGUGAUUUUGAGUUAAUUGAGUUUAAAAGUGGGCAUCAGAAUGGAUUGAAGACUUUAGAGGACCACCCCAAUAUUAAGCGUGUAACCCCCCAGAGACGAGUUUUCCGUUCCCUCAAGUUUGUAGAAAGUGAGUCAGCCGCUCCUUGCAAUGAGACAAAGUGGAGCCAGAAAUGGCAAUCCUCCCGUCCACUCCGGAGGACAAGUCUUUCUCUUAGCUCGGGUUUCUGGCAUGCGACGGGGAGGCACUCCAGUCGCCGGCUCCUGAGAGCCAUCCCACGCCAGGUGGCACAGACACUACAAGCAGAUGUGCUGUGGCAGUUGGGCUACACAGGUAGUAAUGUAAGAGUUGCUGUUUUUGAUACUGGAUUAAGCGAGAAACACCCACACUUCAAAAAUGUCAAGGAAAGAACCAACUGGACAAACGAGAAGACCUUGGAUGACGGACUGGGACACGGGACAUUUGUAGCAGGUGUCAUUGCUAGCAUGAGAGAAUGCCAAGGUUUUGCUCCAGAUUCCGAAUUGCACAUAUUCAGGGUUUUCACAAACAACCAG